GUCCAGUCAAACUAAAUUUUAACCUCAAACUAAUUGCAACAGAUUUUUUUUAAUUCUAAUCUUUAUAUGUCCCAAAUAUACACAGAAAAAAGUCCUAUAAAAUCUAACUUGAGGAAAACUCAAAAUCAGCAUUUUUAUUAGAAAGGGAUUAACUCUGCAAAAAUGAGUUUUUUUUUGUCAGUUUUUGGUUGAUUUUCUUGAAAUUUAUGUAAAGUAUGAUACUUUGAUGGGGUUAUAAGUUGAUAUUUGACUAAUUAUAUAAUCUUCUGCUCAUGAAAUGUACAAAACCAAAGUGGUAUGGGUAGUUUUAUAUUUUUGGUGCAUUUUUCAUUGAAGAAAUUGCAAAUUUGAAGCUUUGACCAUUUUGACAAAAUAAUGUGAAAAUUUGGUAUUAUUUACAUCUGUACAUUAUAUUUUUUCAGCAUCUUACUUGUCUAAAGAAACUUUAAACCACAAAAAGAAGACAACAUACUUAAUUCUUAUUAUUAAAUUUGAGAAUCUUUAACUUAGGUCCGAGUACACAGUUAUCGUCCUUUGAUUUUUCGUUGUCCACGAAUGUAGUCCUUGUUGUGGACAGUGUGUUACUUGUCAAUUUUUGUUAUACCCCUUCCAAAUUUAUUUCUCCAUGCUUUAUGCCUUAUAUAGCAAGUUGGGGGAUGAAAUGACACUGUAAAAAAAAUUGGGUCAUAAAUAUUAAUGUUAAGUAGUGAUAAGGUUCAGCUGAAAAAGGUGAAAAAUCAGCACUUCAGAAGCUGUCAAAACAUUUCAAGACCCCCUUAACAUAAAAUUGUCCAUAUUUUGAGUAAGAGCUGAUGAAGUUUUCUAUAAUUUUGAUAUAAUUUGUCCCAAAAGUAGAACAGCACACUGUAAAAUAUUAUUGAGAAAGCGCAGGUGGGAUUUUUUCAUUUUCAUUUAUUAUCUAAAAGAAAUGCACUACGAAAUAACUGUGUACUCGGACCACUUGACAUGUUGAAAAAUUCAAUAAAUGGUAAAAAAAUGAAUUACAAAAAUCUAGGUAAUAGCUUGAUAAAAGAUAUGAAAACACCUUUAGAGUUGUUUGUUAUACUCUAAAGACCGCUAAAAAAUCUAGAAUCAAUACAUUCUGAUGAAUAGAAGCGGAAAAAUUAUCAUUUUGUAUCAAUUUUUAUUGAUAUUUCUACCAUUUUUGUAAGAGUUUUUUAAGUCUUCCUUGAGUAAAAUUUAUGGGAAUUUUUCUGUUUAUAUUUGGGGUAUAAUACUAAAGAUUAAAACUUUAGAAUCUUCUGUUGCAAUUACUUUCAGGUUUGGGUCAAAUUUAUGCUAGAUUUACUGGACUAAAUUGUUAUUUUUGAUCGGGUUGUUGUCACCUGGACACAUUUUCCAUUUAAAUUCUCUAUUUUAUUCUCAAGUCAUUUGCAUGAUCCAUAUACCACUGCAGUAGUUACAGUCAUUUUUUCUCUCUAUUGCAGGAUGACAUCAUCAACAUCUUUGUCAUAUGAAGUAUACAGCCAUACCAUCACCUUAAUGGAUAACUUGAAGAGACAAUGCACAUGUUCAAAGUGUAAUGGAAAAUUUGUCAACAUUAAGACUUUCCGAGCUCAUUCAAAGAAAAUCCAUAACACCCAUGCUGAAAUAUCAGACACUCAUAGUGAACAACCUGAGAUUGUAAGAGAGUCUAAGGAACUUUUAAAAAAAACUUUAAUUUUAAAUCAGUUACUUCAUGAAGGAACUAAUAGAACUGUAAAAGAUGCCAUAGCCGAACAUUUAUUCAUAUUUUCAUCUAAUAACGGAAUGUCAAAGACAGCUUUGUCACAGUAUCUUCACCACGAAAAGUGUGUUCUACCACAACCAAACAACCUGCCAUCCACUUAUUGUGAAGCUGUCACUAUUAUUCAACCAUACCUGAUGCCAAUAGAAAAAUUUAAAUGCUGUACAAAUGACUGUAAAAUUUUUCCCAUCAGCAGUACCAUUCUUGCCUGUCCAGACUGUAAUGAAAGUUUGGUGUUUUCAAACAACAGGAACAAAAAAACAUUCCAAUAUAUGCCUAUAGUACCACGCAUAGUUCGUUGGUAUGGAACUAGGAACCUGGCAAAGAUUCUUUAUGCCAACAAGCUUAACACAACUGGCCGGCUAAGCAGCUACACAGAUGGCAAUAUAUUUCGACAACAGAUGACAGAUGGAGUCUUCAAAGAUCAGCAACAGCAGAACUGUGUGCCAUUGGCUCUUUUUGCUGAUGGUGUGAAUCCAAAUAAGAACCAAACAGUCCAGAAGUCAAUAUGGCCUCUCAUCAUCACCUGGAUAACACUCCCACAAGAAAUGCGAUAUAUUUUAGGACCAAUGAUGUUGGCAGGUAUUGUUCCAGGCUAUGGUAGAAAAGAACCAAAAUCACUGGACCCUUAUAUUAACGUUUUAGUUGAUGAACUUUUAUCAAACAUUGAAUGUAACUUGUAUGACGCCUACACAGAUGCACCAGUAAAUGUAAAGAUUGCUUUAUUACAGUAUUUAUGUGAUAUACCAGCUUUUUCUAAACUUUUACACUGUUCUGGUCAAGCAGCUAUUCGUGCUUGUUUUUUCUGCAAAGAUACAGGUGUCCAUAGCAGUUCCGUGAAUAAAGUAUUGCACAUAUCGAACAGAGAGUUUUUACCCACAGAUUCGCCAUUUCGGAAAGACAAGACAUUAUUUGCCAAGAAAACUGAAGAGGUUGCUCCCAAACCACAAGCAUAUUCAAGGGAAGAAGAAAUGGAAAUAAGAAAAGAAUAUGACAAAAAAAAAAACAAUAACCAAAAAUGUAAACUACAAAAAGAAACUGGAUUUAAAGGGAUACAUCCACUUCAUCGCCUACCAUAUUUUGACAGGGUGCAUCAGAUGCAACCAGAUGGCAUGCACACAUUAGCAGAUGUCAUCAGCAACAUUCUUGAUCUGAUAACAGGCAAAUCUGAUGGACCUAAAGUUCGCCAGUGCGAAAAAGAUUAUAAUCGAUUUAAAGAAACCUGGCCAAAAAGACCAUCAUCAUCAACAACCGAAUGUGAGAGACCAUCCAAACAGGCAAAGAAAUCAUCUGUAAAUACAGCUGUUCCUGAACCAACACCAAAAGCGCCUCCUUUACCAGCAGCUCCUUGGUUACUAACAAAACAGGAUGUUAAAUUAGCUGACAACAGAGCAAAGAGUGUUAAAUACCCUAAAGGCUUUGAUUAUACUCCUGCUGACCAUUUUACCAGAGCAUGGACACUGCGUACAAUGCAUGGCAAACAACAGUUCGUAACCAAGAAUAUUGCAGCAUGGUGUAUCAGAGGCCUCCUAGCAAAGCCACAAGAAGAAACCUUAUUCAAUUUAUUUGAAGUGAUCAAAAGACUUACACAACCAUCCUACACAACUGAGCAGCUUCAAGGACUUAUUGAAGACACAAGUACAGCAGUGGUGUUACUUGAAAGGGAUUUUCCUUUGACCUUGCAGAAUAUCACAACACACCUGCUACAUCAUAUCCCAGAGGGUUAUGAAGACUAUGGACCAUUGUAUGAUAGAUGGCUUUAUCCUUUGGAACGAGCAAACAGUUGGGUGACCAGACAAAUUUUACAACAUGGACAUGAAGAAUCAACAGUGAUGCAGACAUACCGGAUAUACGAUUGGAGCUCUCACAAUAUUUUGAGUGGUGAAAUUAUAAAUUACAGCAGACAAACAAGUCUGUGUCGCUUGGCAGAAAAAGUAAACUCCAUUCACCAUCAAGAUAUAUCUAGAGCAUCUACGAAAAGAUUCAUAUUGCAAAGUGAGGAUCUAUCAAUUCUAAAAGACAAUUACAAUAAUAUAUAUGACCAAAAUUAUGAGUUAUUUGACAUAGACCCAGUGGUCACAUAUCUUAAGUUCAGCCAAAGACAGGAUGCCGAGUUAAAAAGACAAAUUUUCUUCUCAACAACAGAGCAUCAGACGACAGCAUCACGCUCACAUGACUAUUGUGUUAGUGUUUCGCAUAGGACAAACCGUCGCUUUGGCACAAUUUCUAAGAUUUUCAAACACAACCAUCUAGAUAAAGCUACCAUGUGGGUAAAAUUGGAGAUGUUUCCAAUUCCCGAACAAUCUGGACUAUUCUUGGUCACCGAUGACAGAAAGAUUGACACACAUAUAUUUAGCUUUGAUAAAAUAAGCAAUCCAGUUGUAUUUGCUUCAGAAGACAAUAAAAUAUGGUUUUUAAAUGUUUAGAUAUGCAUUUAUACAUGUACAUGUAUUUUGUAUGAAGUAGAUAAAUAGUUUAUAUACUUGGAAAGGUACAUUGUUAUGUAUUUUCUUGAUGUAUAUAGAACGAGUUGUUCAAAAGAAAAAAAUAAGUGGAUAAAAAGAGAUUUUUUAAAUGGAAGUCAACUUUGCUAUUUUCUAUGAGAUAUUCCUUUCAAAGGGUGUAUUACGUUUCCAACAUUUUUUGCAUUACUUUUCCAAAAUAAUCAUUGCACCUUAACGCAUUUACCUGUAUUUCACCUGUAAAAAAUGGUAAUAAUAAUAUAUAAGACUUAAUAUUAUUAUAGUAUUUCUUAGUAAUUUGUAAUUAAUGAGUUCCUUCAAUAGGUAGAUAAUUAUUGCAUUAUCCAAAAUAUUUAAACAAAUACCAUACAUUUUGUGUUUUAGAGACAUUUUUUUUCAACUGAGCCAUUUAAGGGGAGAUAACUCCUUUAGUAAAAAAAAAGUUACUGGUCUGAUUGAGAGUUUUUUUUUAAUUUUACUUGUAUCAAGAAAGCAGUUCAGUGACACCACUUUUUCUUUUUUUUUCUUUAUACAUAUUAUAAAACCUAUCUUCUCACAAUUUCUUUCAAUGAAAGUUCUAUCUCAUAGAUUUUUUUUUUGCACAAAAAUGUGUUUUUGCAUGAUCCUACAAUUUUUCAAUGACUCAUAGUUUUAAAAAUAGCACAGAGGCCGAUUCUUUCUAUUAUAUUUUUUAAAAGAGCAUAUAAAAAUCUUCAAUUUAGCAAAGUAUAAAAAAAAUGAAU